AUGUUCCAUCUGGCACAGGGCAUAUAUAACAAUUGGAAUCGAAAAGAACAAUACUCAAUUCUAAUCCUUGGGUUGGAUAAUGCGGGCAAGACAACUUUCUUAGAAACCUGCAAAAAGGAAUUUAAUUUAAAUUCAAAACCAUUAGAUAAAAUUACACCUACAGUGGGUCAGAAUGUGGCAACGAUAUCUGUGGAGAAUAAUAAGAAACUAUUGAAAUUUUGGGAUGUAGGAGGUCAAGAAAAUUUACGCUCAAUGUGGUCAGAAUAUUAUAGCCAAUGUCACGGAAUUAUCUUUGUUGUGGAUAGCACAGAUCGUUCAAGGAUUGAUGAAUGUAGUAAAACGUUGGGAAAAAUUGUUAUGGAUGAUGAAGUGGAAGGAGUACCGAUUCUUAUGUUAGCCAACAAACAAGAUAUGCCUGAAAGAAUGGAAGUACAAGAUAUUAAAGAAAUAUUUAACCAGAUUGCAGAACAUUUAAGUGCUAGAGAUAGUAGAGUAUUACCAGUAAGUGCAUUGACUGGAGAAGGUGUGAAGGACGCCAUCGAUUGGAUGACACUUAGAUUGGAAAGAAACAAGAAAGUAAGGCGACCACUUUAUAAAUGA